UUCAAGAUCCAAUUGUAUUAAAGUGAUCUCAAAAGAUGCAUAUCGAUUCAAGCAAUAGAUUUGAGACUGAACCAAUUCUACAAAAAAUGCUUCCCAGAAUCAUAUUCUGCUUAGCAGUUAUUUUAGCCAUUCUGUUAGUCAUUCUCUUAGCCUUGCUCUCACCAGUAGCUCACAAGGCAAAGAACCCCUCCGGACCUUGGCUGGCCCUGUCCUUGUACAUCCAACAGCCACAUAUUUCAAGCUCCAGCAUCCAACCUGUUGCCCAAUCAGAUACAGGAGCCUUCAUCUUUCACCGAGCUCUCACGGAGGGACCUGAGAACACCUCCCUAGUAGUCGGAAAAGCCCAAGGCUUCAUUAUUCCGGUUGAACAUUUUGCUAACUCUGAAUUCAAUAUCAUUUAUCUCACUUUUGAGACACCUGAGUUUUCUGGCAGCCUGAGUGUCCAGGCCAAGCAUGUUGAACACAAGGACAAAGAGGAGCUGACGGUGGUUGGAGGAACAGGGUCCUUCGCAUUUGCACGUGGGCUUGCCCUUUUUGCGCAGACUGAUGCUUCCCAGUCAUCUGUAGCUGAUGCCACUUACCAUGUAAAGCUCCAGCUUAGAUUCCCUAAUCGAUCUCAGAGGAUUCCAGGAUGAAAGAAGAAAACCCAAGAAUCAUCUGUUCGAGAUAUCCUUCUUUCCAUUUUUCAUUUUUCCGAGCUAUCAACUUACCAUUCUGCAAUUUUAACCCCAAGUCCUAUUGUAUAAGCUUUUCCAACAUGAGGCUGCAAUAUAAUUGUACGACAGAUACCUUAUACCAAUCAUUAA